UCCUUCUCACACAUUAAAUAUAUAUAAAGAAUAUAUAUAUAUAUACACACACAUAUAUAUACAUAUAUUCUUUACUUCUCACACACCAUCUUCUUAUUCUCGAAGGGUAAACUGAACUUUCAUGAUUUGUUAGUUUUUUCUUCAUUGGUUUUUGUUGAUUUGUGAAAUAUUUGUGUAGAGGUUUUUGGGGAAAACUAGUCUUAUACUUAUUUAGUUAAAAUGCCGUCUACAAGUAGUUCCGCAACGACCUUUGGCACAUUUCGUCGAUCGAUUUUAGGGUUUGGAAGUGAUCACAAUCAAGUUCAUUCCGAGGAGGUGAAUAAUGUGUCUAAGUCAAAGUUGGACCGAGAACUGGAUGGGUUUCAGGAUCAAGUAUCGAGCCAGUUUCAUGCUCUUUCAUCUGCAUCUGCUGAUGAGUUUCUGUCCAUUGAAUGGAUGUCGAAGGUACUAGAUGCAUACGUAGCUUGUCAGGAUGAUUUUAAGACUAUUCUCUUGAACAAUGCGGAAAGUCUUUCAAAAGCUCCUUUAGAUAGGCUGGUUACAGAGUUCUUUGAUAGGAGUAUUAAGGCGCUUGAUAUCUGUAAUGCUGUACGUGAUGGGAUUGAGAGAGUUCGGCUUUGGCGUAAGCAUUUAGAGAUUGUUUCAAGUGCCUUUGAGUUAAAACAGAGGAAUGUGAUGGGUGAAGGACAGUUUAGGAGGGCGAGGAAAUCGUUGACUGAUUUAGCUAUUGCUAUGCUUGAUGAUCAUAAGGACUCUGGAUCUGCAUUUUCCAAUAGAAACAGAUCUUUUGGGCGCCCAAACAAAGGAAAAGAUUCAAGUCAUCAACGUAAGCAAGGACACUCUAAAUCCCUUUCUUGGAGUGUAUCUAAUACUUGGUCUGCAAAUAAGCAACUUCAAUCAAUGGCCAGCAACUUAGUUCAGCCUCGAGCAAAUGAAAUUUCUCAAAACGGUCUUGCAAAUUGUAUAUUCACAAUGGGAUUUGUCUUGACGUUUGUGUUAUGGACUGUAGUGGCUGCUAUCCCGUGUCAAGAUCGUGGUCUGUUUAAUUUCUCCAUACCAAAGCAAUUCUCAUGGAGUACACCUCUGUUCUUGAUUCAUACUCGUAUUUUGGAUGAAUCCAAGAAGCGUGAACAUAAGAACAGUCCUGGGCUGUUAAGAGAGAUUCUCCAAAUGGAAAAGUCGAUCAACUUGAUGUCAGACUUGAUUGAUGCUGCUCAACAGUUUCCGUUGCCAGAAGAACAGCAGAAAGAAGUAAAAGAUGGAGUUCAAGAUCUAUCUUCCAUUUGUAACGUCUGUAAGAAUGGAUUAGAUACAUUGGACCGCCAAUUGAGAGAAGUGUUUCACAAAAUCAUGCAUUGUCGGAAUGAUGGUCUUGGAACCUUGAGCAAGGCACAAUCUUGAAAAUCAAAAGUUCAUGAAAAGCAAGUGGGUGAUAUACAGGUUUUUGUUGAUUCUUGCUCAACGAUGAUUAGUUUUGGCAAGGUAAUCUUGGUAAUUUGGUAGUAGACUAGUAGGCUUUUUUAUGUGAACAACCUCAUAUCUUUCUAUAUGUCAUAUAUAUUUUCAGUGUUUC